GCGGCGGGGGACGGUAAUGGCGGAGCUGGUGCAGGGGCAGAGCGCUCCUGUGGGGAUGAAGGCUGAGGGCUUCGUGGACGCUCUGCACCGGGUCCGGCAGAAAGCUACAGGACCCAUUGUAUUAGAAGAAAGUCUCAACUCGGUCGCUUGAAGAUAUGGUCUUUACACCUCUUUCCAGUAUUCCAGGGGAGGGAACCCUACCUGUUUCCCAGAUACUGACUUUUCAUUUUAAUACUGAUGCUCCUGUAGACAUUGCAUUGGAUCCCAGAAGUUUCCAAACCUGUGGUUCAGCCUAAAAUUUUGUCCGAUGACUUGUUACUUACUGCCUAGGCACCGAGCACUAUGCUAGUGAGUAUCCAUCUUACUUAGACUUCAGAGCCAGCCAGUGGCUGUGAUGGAUGAACAGUGCCCUGCAGCUCCCCUCCCACCACCCUGCUUGCCGGCGUGUUUCACUGCUGUCCUCUACAGUACAGGGUCCUGAACCUUGUUUCUGACUGGCUACUAACAUGUAAUGGCUUUUCACUCUGUGCUGGUGUGUGACAAUCACCUUGUCGGCCUCUGUAUCCAGGAAGAAGUAUAGUCACUACCCUAAAGAGCUCAGAGCCUCAGUUUGCAGAAGGCCUGUAGUUGAACAUAAAAUGAAUUUUGAACCAUUGAGAAGACUUUCUGCUUCUCUUGAGCCAGUGGUUGAACUCGUAUUCUUGGACAGCCUGCUCAAGAGGGAGGGAGACCCUCUGUUUAUAUGCUGACCUAAUGUGGAUUGUUGAAGCAGUGGUGUUUACUACUAGCAGAGGAAACUUCACUGGAACUGUUCCCAGCUCUGAAAUGCACCAUUGACUGGAGCAGUUAUAAGCCCAAUGGAGACAGUGCUGUAAGUGUAUCACUUCUGAAUGUUAACAGCUGGAGGUCGAUACUAUCUCCAAGGACUGAUGGCCUUAAAAACUAAAGAAAACACAGAAACUACGAAGCAGAUGGUGUUAUGCCUGGAAGAUCUUAGGCAGAGAGGAAAGAUUGCUGCUAAAAUUGAUUCAAUUCCUCACUUGAAUAAUUCCACACCUCUAGUGGACCCCUCAGUGUAUGGCUAUGGAGUACAGAAACGGCCCUUGGAUGAUGGAGGUAACCAGUUAGGGGCCUUGGUACAUCAAAGGGCAGUAAUAACAGAAGAAUUCAAAGUGCCUGAUAAAAUGGUUGGAUUUAUUAUCGGCCGGGGAGGUGAGCAGAUCUCACGGAUUCAAGCAGAAUCUGGUUGCAAAAUUCAGAUUGCCUCAGAGAGUUCUGGGAUUCCAGAGAGGCCCUGUGUACUUACCGGAACCCCAGAAAGUAUUGAACAAGCCAAACGGCUCCUGGGGCAGAUUGUGGACCGCUGUCGGAACGGACCCGGCUUUCACAAUGAAACGGACGGCAAUAGCACGAUCCAGGAGAUUCUCAUCCCAGCGUCAAAAGUGGGUCUGGUCAUCGGCAAAGGCGGGGAGACGAUAAAGCAGCUGCAGGAGCGGACCGGCGUGAAGAUGGUCAUGAUCCAGGACGGCCCAUUGCCCACGGGAGCAGACAAGCCCCUUCGCAUCACCGGAGACGCGUUUAAAGUUCAGCAAGCGAGAGAAAUGGUCUUAGAAAUCAUCCGAGAGAAAGACCAAGCUGACUUUCGAGGGGUGCGCGGUGAUUUCAGCUCUCGAAUGGGAGGAAGCAGUAUAGAGGUAUCUGUGCCUAGGUUUGCUGUCGGGAUUGUGAUAGGAAGAAAUGGGGAAAUGAUCAAAAAGAUCCAGAACGAUGCCGGUGUGAGAAUUCAGUUCAAACCAGAUGACGGUAUUAGUCCGGAGAGAGCUGCACAGGUGAUGGGACCCCCGGAUCGAUGCCAGCACGCAGCACAUGUCAUCAGCGAGCUUAUUCUCACAGCCCAGGAAAGAGACGGCUUCGGAGGCCUGGCAGUAGCCAGAGGCAGAGGCCGUGGCCGCGGCGACUGGAGCGUGGGGACCCCCGGGGGCGUCCAGGAGGUGACCUACACUGUGCCGGCUGACAAGUGUGGCCUCGUCAUCGGCAAAGGGGGCGAGAACAUCAAGAGCAUAAACCAGCAGUCGGGAGCGCACGUGGAGCUUCAGCGGAACCCCCCUCCCAGUACCGACCCCAACCUGCGGAUAUUCACCAUCCGGGGGCUCCCUCCGCAGAUCGAGGUGGCCAGACACCUCAUAGAUGAGAAAGUUGGCGGGACCAGUCUCGGAGCUCCUGGACCCUUUGGACAGAGCCCCUUCAGCCAGCCGCCUGCUGCACCUCAUCAAAACACCUUUCCUCCAAGGAGCUCAGGAUGCUUCCCAAACAUUGCUGCUAAAGUGAACGGAAACCCCCAUAGCGCCCCUGUGAGUGGUCCUCCCGCCUUUCUGACCCAGGGCUGGGGCAGCACCUACCAGGCGUGGCAGCAGCCCACACAGCAGGUUCCAAGCCAGCAGAGCCAGCCACAGAGCAGCCAGCCCGACUACAGCAAGGCCUGGGAGGACUACUACAAAAAACAGAGUCACGCCGCCAGCGCCGCGCCUCAGGCCAGCACCCCGCCGGACUACACCAUGGCCUGGGCGGAGUACUACCGGCAGCAGGUCGCCUUCUACGGGCAGACGUUAGGGCAAGCGCAGGCCCCCAGCCAGGAACAGUAGGACCGUGACCCGCGGCUCCCCUCCCCUCAAAAUCAUUGUGAGCAGAAACCUAUUUGUAACAGAGGUUUUUAGAUUUGCAAACCCUUUGAUGAAGAACCUUUGUUUUGUUCUGUGAAACACUAUAUUUAGAUUAACAGAAUUUUUCUAAAAAUCGGGAGAAUUAGUUACUAAAAAUCGCUGAUAAUUUUUGUUUCAUCAUUUUUGUUUGUUACUUCAAAUGUGUAAGCUCUGGGAAUCUUUUUGGAGCAAUACCUGCAAGUUCUGGCACCAGAAUGUGCCUCAGAGCAGUGACAUUUCAACAUGGUGUGUUCUGUUUUUGUUUUGUUCGUGUGUCUUUUUAUUUACAGUUUUUUCUGUUGCAACAGAAAAAGUGGCUUGGAAGUCUUAGGUGGUUUGUAACAAAUUCUUUAAAAAAAUUUUUAAACAGUAUUUAAAUAUUCUUAAAUGUGUAAAUUCAUUAAAUGUUUUACUUCUAAUUUCUUGUAUCUUGGCUGUCUGGUUUUAUUGCAUUUUUUAAAAAACUGAACUAUUAUGUAUUGUAAUUAAUUAUGUGAAUUCUGAAUUGAGACAGAUAAUUGUAUUGCUGUCCAACAGGGAUCGGGAGGGGGCAUUUUAUAGGGUUUGUAUAAUUUCUAGAGUUCUAAAGGGGUUAAUAAUAUAAAAAUGUUUUUGUGUGUUUAGCAGGUGUUUUUUCAUGUCUCCAUUAUCUACCAGUUGCAAUUGUGUAUCUAAGACCUCCAAGCUUGUUUUAAAAACAAAACAAAAAACCUUUCUCUAUUCUCUCAGAAAUAUAAAUACUGUUAUUUUUAAUAUUAAAAAUAAAUUCAAUAUAACUUUUAACAAACACUGUGGAACAUUAAACCGCAUAAAAAUGUAGUAACUAUUUUUUAAUUCCAAGGUGUUUUUUGCUUUUUUCUUUUAAAUAUUUUCUUAAUAUUUGUCAAAUUAACUAGAUGAAUAAAUAAAUCUAGCAUUAACCACAAUAUGAAUUAAAUAAUUUUGAUUUAAUAAAAGGGAUAAUAUGAUUUCCAAUGUUUACUGUAGUGUAUCUUGUACAGGUAACAUGUAUUUUUAAAGGAAAGAAAAACGGAAUUGAAGCUAUUUUUUUCCUUGCAUUUUUCAAUUGACCUGGGGGACAUUCCGUUUGAGAUGUACUGAAGUUACAGUGUCUGGGGGGGGGGGGGUUUCUCCUUUUUUUCCUUAUAAUGCUUGAAAUGUCUAACUAUUAAAAAAGGCAAUUGGAAAAUGUUAUGCAUGUUUUUUAAAGAAAAAAAAAGACGUGUUCUUUUUAUUUGACUGACAAUUCAUUUUACACUCUACAUAAUAAAAUUUCCACAAGACAUCUUGUGGGCAAAGUA